CGCAGCAUCAUCCUUCCCACAGCGCCUCGUGGAUGCACAGCCGUCAUCCAUCCUUGAUAAAAGAUUCGGAGGAAAAAUAGGAAGAUCGGCGAACAGAAUGUUGGUGAUUGUUGACCUUGUGCUGAUGUUAAUAGAUUUAACCAUUUCUAUUCUGAAUGCAGUAGUGCGCACUGUCGUGCGACCGCGUCUGAAACCCAUUGAUGGAGAGCUGUGUCUCAUCACGGGGGCAGGUGGUGGACUGGGACGCCUCUUUGCAUUAGAAUUUGCAAAAGAGGGAGCCGAACUUGUGUUGUGGGAUUGCAACGCAGAGGCAAACGAGCAGACAGCCAAACUGGUACGGGAAUUGGGGAUCAAGGCGCACACGUACACAAUCGAUCUCUCCAAACGCGAGAGCAUCUACCAAACAGCUGACCGUGUGCGGCGCGAGGUGGGUGACGUCACGAUGUUGGUAAACAACGCGGGAGUAGUGGCUGGGCAAAAGUUCCUAGAGUGUCCGGAUGUGCUCUUGGAGAGGACCCUGCUGGUCAACUGCCAUGCUCUCUUUUGGAUGACAAAGGCUUUCCUUCCUCACAUGAAGGCCACAAACCAUGGUCACAUUGUCACUGUCGCUAGUACACUCGGACUGUUCACUACAGCUUGUGUGGAGGACUAUUGUGCCAGUAAGUUUGGGGCAGUGGGUUUUCACGAGUCCUUAGCUCACUCUCUCUUGGCAGAGGGUGGUCUGGAUGGCAUCAAGACCACACUGGUUUGCCCCUACAUUGUCAACACUGGCAUGUUUGCUGGAUGCCAAAUCAGACCGGAGUUCCGUAACCUGGUCCCUCCACUGGAGCCUUUGGACUGUGUCCAGCGGUCCAUGAGGGCCAUCCUGGGCGACGAGAUGAUGGUGUGCAUUCCCAGCAUCAUGAGCGUGGCCGCCUUGUCUCGAGCGUUGCUUCCUUGGGAAGCCAACAUUGUCACGUACCGCUUCCUGGGAGCCGAUAAAUGCAUGUAUCCCUUCAUCAAGACCAAGCAGCAGCAGCAGAGUCCUGUGGCCAAUGGGCAUGUGAAAUCUGGAUAAAGUCUUGCAAUCAUCGCUGGACCAUGUAAUCGCUGGAAUACUGUGUGGUGUUAGGGGCCUGUGCCAUAGUAAUAAGUGGUCACUAAAGGUCUCACACCAACAAGUCUAUUUAUUGUCAGGUGGUGUACUACAAAAAUCAAUCAUGGCAAGGGACAUGUUAGCUGCCAAACUGACUGGUAAGGAAACUCAAUACCAGAACUUACCGGAUAUUGUUCUGUCUGAAUGCCUUUAAAAUUUGGAAUUUCCUGUAUGUUCGGCCAACUGGGAAUCCUUUUGAUUAUUUACUAAAAGAAGUGCAUUCUCAUUUCUGAAAGGGGACCAUUAAUUGUUGCAUUUUUGUUGUUCUUCUGGUAACUGUUAAGAUCUAGUGUUAAUGUGUCAAAAGUGUAUCAGUCCUUCAUCAACCGUUUUCUGACUUUGUCUAUGACAGUAUGUAUAUCAAAGUCAUUUUACAUAAUAAAAUUUGCAUAAUUCAGGUUUGUGGUCUUCCAGCAACAUUACCC